CUCUGUGACACAGAUGAGCAGAAGCUGGACCCCCCUUCCACCCUGGAUGCCAGGGGCGUUGGGUCACGAGCUAUACUCCUAGUGUCGGGAAGGCUGGCCCUGCACUGGGCUCGCGGGGCUGGGUAGGCGCUCGGGGAGUGCUGCCCGAGGAAGGAGGGGCCCCAGAGCUGUGACGCUGCCGACAACUAUAUCAAAGCAUCGCCCCCGAGGUCGCCGACCCCUCCCACAGGGGCGUGGCGAGGCCGGCCCAUAUAGACGCGGCACCGCAGCGGAGCCGGAGCGCGGGUGGCUGCAGGUAGGACUGGCCGAGGCUGUCCCCGCUCCAGGGCACCCGGAGGCCGCAGCCGCCACUCCAGCUGGGAGAGGACCAUGUGGGCGCCCGAGCGGCCGCUGCUGACCCCGCCGGCGGCGCUGGCCGCGCUGCUGCUGGCGCUGGCCGUGCGCGGGGCGGCAGCGGGCGCGCCCACGUACCCUUGGCGGGACGCGGAGACGCGGGAGUGGCUGGUGUGCAGCCAGUGCCCCCCGGGCACCUUCGUGCAGCGGCCGUGCGGCCGGGACAGCCCCACGACGUGCGGCGCGUGCCCGCCGCGCCACUACACGCAGUUCUGGAACUACCUGGAGCGCUGCCGCUACUGCAACGUCAUCUGCGGGGAGCGCGAGGAGGAGGCGCGGCCGUGCGGGGCCACCCACAACCGCGCCUGCCGCUGCCGCCCCGGCUUCUUCGCGCACGCCGGCUUCUGCCUGGAGCACGCGCCCUGCCCGCCCGGCGCCGGCGUGGCGGCCCCCGGCACUGCCAGCCGAAACACGCAGUGCCAGCCGUGUGCGCCGGGCACCUUCUCGGCCAGCAGCUCGAGCUCCGAGCAGUGCCAGCCACACCGCAACUGCACGGCCCUGGGCCUGGCGGUCAACGUUCCGGGCUCCCCCUCCCAUGACGCGCUGUGCACCAGCUGCACCGCCUUCCCGCUCGGGGAGCUGGAGUCUGGAGGACCAGGAACUGAGGAGUGCGAGCGCGCCGUCAUCGAUUUUGUGGUCUUCCAGGACAUCUCCUUCAAGAGGCUCCUGCGGCUGCAGCAGGCCCUGAUGGGCCCCGGGGGACAGAGUCUGACACCCAGGGAGGGCCGAAUGGCCUUGCAGCUGAAGCUGUGGCAGCAGCUCACGGAGCUCCGUGAGGCACGGACUGAGCCGCUGUUGGCAAGGCUGCUGCAGGCACUGCGCGAGGCCAGGCUGCCUGGGCUGGAGCGCACCAUCCGAGAGCGGUUCCUCCUGGCUCACUGAGCACCCCCUUAUUUAUUCUACUCCCCGGCCAUGCCCUCCGUGGGCACUGCCCCCAGCCUUGCCAAAGGAGGCUUCUGACCAGGCUCCUGUUGUGCUAAGAGUUUAUUUUUUAUAAAGCUGUGUGUCAAACUGA